AUGAAGUCUCUCCUGAUAUUGUCUUUGCUAUUCUCGGCGGCCACCGCCUGGCCAUAUCAAGUGCCACCACAACAGACUGACGCCCCGACUCGUGUCCAAGAGCGAGACGGGGCUAUGAUUGCGGCCAUAGUGCCCACAACUUCGGGGCAGAUUGGAGUCAACCCGGUCCUCGUGAAUCCAGUCGAGACUGCAGGACCAUACGACCCCUUCUUUUCCAACUAUUGGAAAGCACAAGAUAAGGAACAAAUCACUCAGGUCCAAGUCACAACAAAAGAUGGCAAGCCCACUACAAAAACGGUGACCGCACCAGUAGCUGUCAUGACAGGUCCAGAUGGGGACCUCAACGUUCUCAUGGCACCUAAGCUCCAGGAGAAGUUGGCUGACAUGAUGCAAAAUGUCCCCGCCUGUGGCAAAAAGCGGGCCGAAGCCUGCGGGAUUGAGAGGUUCUUGAUGGAGUUUGAUGCCGAUGAUACCAAGCUCAUCCAGUCUCUGAAGGAUGCGGUCGAAGGGAUCAAAUUUCUCAGUGAAGAUGUGCUCAAGGCGCUGAUUACUUCAGCUGGUAAGAAGGAGAUUCUGCUCCUUGCAGAUGGAGUCGGUGCUAUAGGAUGCGUCUGGAUGGGGGCGCAUCUUUUCCUCCAGAAUCAGCAUCUUCCGCUUGCGUUUGCGAUUAAAGACCCGCCCAAAAAUGAUAUUCCCAAGACAGAGCCGCCCGAGGAGGAAGACUCUGACAAGUGUCCGAAGGAUGCACCCAAAGGGAAGGACGCUCCUUUGUGUCCGGACUGCAGUGGCAAAGAUAAUACUUGUCAGGAUGGAAAAUACAAAAACUGCGACUGCCUCGAUGUAGUGAGCCCAGUCUACUACACCUAUGACAAGAAAUGGUUGACAGUACAAGCCGAUGCAAUCAAAUAUGCUAUGGAACAUGCUGACGACGAAGAAACGCCUAAAGUACUCUGCUCUGACCCUGGAUAUGAUAAGGCUGUCGCUGUGGAUACCUCCUUCAUCAAGAGUCUCGCGGAUAAAUUCUGCGAUGGUGAUGCAAAGAAGGAUCGUCAUAUGACUCUCUCUGGGAAAGAAAUCUCAGCCAAGGCCUACCAAAAGUACACAUUUGAUUUGACAUAUGCCCCUCCAGAGAAGAGUGACGAAGAGUGCUUCACUGAUUGUGCGGGUGCGAUCAAUGCCAUGGCCGCUACAUGCCAAGGCAUCAACAGCCACACCGUGCAGAGAGGGGGAAAUGCUACCCUUGAAUGUGGCGCGCAGUACAGCUACGAGAUCAAUCUACCGGACAAGCCCGAAGACGCGGAUAUCACCUGCGCCAAUGACGGAGACUACAGCAAGGCAAUCGCCCUUGAUGUCAAAUUCUUCACGCGCCUGGCCGAGAACUUCUGCGACAACGACAUGUCUCAGAACCCCAGCAAGGACCUGACCAGCGAUGAUAUCAAGUCUGACAAAUACAAGGGCUACAAGUUCCACUUUGAAGGCUCGAACAGCCCAGGCUGCAAGCCCGACUGUAAAUCUACAAUUGAGCGUAUUGCUUCGAAAUGCCAAGGGUUGAACAGCCACACUAUUCAGCCAUCCGGCAGCGCAGACUUUGACUGCGGCAGUAGCUACAGUUACAAGAUCCAGCCGCCAGGUGAGAGUCCUUCAAAGACACCACCGCAUGAUAAGCUCAGUGAACUCCAUUGUCACGGGGCGGACGACUUCGGCGACCACGCGGACAUCAACCCCGGCUUUCAAAACCAGUACAUUGGAUGGGCGUGCGUGGGUUCCGCUCGGGAAGAGAGUAUAAUGGACGAGAAUAGCGACCCAGUCGUGUUCCAGACCAAGACGAACGACGCCCCGUACUAUUAUUCUAUCUCCUGGAUCAAGGGCUGUCGCGGUACAAAGCAGAGCCCUUAUACACCUUUAGGAGAUUACAAAUUCCCCGGUAGCGACGACAAAGUUACUUGUACGGAUUUGAUGCGGAGGAACUGGAAGGAGUGUAUUAAUGGGGGGGUUGGUGGGUGGAGGGAUGCUGGGUGCUUGCGCUAUGAGUUCAAGGCGGAGUACACCAAGUGAUUUAUGGGCACGAGGGCUUUUUCAGAUUAUGCCGUCUGUUUAAAUAUAACAUCUGCCUCGUGUUGUAAUGAAUGAAUAUGAAUUUAUACAACAAUCGGAUGAGAGUAAUGCAAAAGUACAGUGCUCGAGUGGAAAAUCAAGGGCACGAGGAAGUGACUUGGCUACUUCUGGCACACCGUAAUGGACGAUAGACCACGGCCCAGAGCCUCGUCGAACCUGUUUGACCAUACUUUCACCUUGACUUUUUUGUCUCCCACCGUGCAUAUCCUCUUGGUCUUGAGCGUGUAUUCCGUAGAUUCCCUUCUACAGGAACCACCAUCAACGAGGUUGAUGGAGUCCUACUAUGCUGGCACCUCCUUUCUGUGGUGCAUCACUUUUUGAACUAUUAGGGGUGGUUGGUUUCAUGAGGUGCCUGGGUCAAAUGACGGUAAUACCUAC